AUGGCUGAGGAAAACUGGAACGAUGAUGCCGUGGAAGGCAGCAUGGCUGUUGACAGCAUGCCAUUGCCCCAGCCCGCCGAUAUUCCCGAAAUUAAACUUUUCGGAAGAUGGAGUUGUUACGACGUUCAAGUGUCCGACAUGUCUCUUCAGGAUUACAUCUCUGUUAAAGAAAAGUACGCGAAGUACUUGCCUCACUCCGCUGGAAGGUAUGCACACAAACGUUUUCGUAAAGCUCAGUGCCCUAUUGUUGAGCGUCUGACCAACUCACUUAUGAUGCACGGCCGAAAUAAUGGCAAAAAGCUGAUGGCUGUCAGGAUUGUGAAGCACGCCUUUGAAAUUAUUCAUUUGCUCACUGGUGAGAACCCUCUGCAAGUUCUUGUGACUGCCAUCAUCAACUCUGGACCCCGUGAAGACUCAACUAGGAUUGGUCGUGCUGGUACAGUUCGGCGACAGGCUGUUGACGUUUCUCCUCUGCGUCGUGUGAACCAGGCUAUCUGGUUAUUGUGCACGGGUGCACGUGAAGCUGCUUUCCGUAACAUCAAGACUAUUGCCGAGUGUGUAGCUGAUGAACUCAUCAACGCAGCUAAGGGUUCAUCAAACUCUUAUGCCAUCAAGAAAAAGGAUGAGUUGGAGCGUGUUGCUAAAUCCAACCGUUAA